AUGGGCAUGGUGGUAAGAAGAGUAUCCCAAGUUUUGGGAUUAACCAACAACACUAAGAUCAGGAAUUUCUCAUUCAAAUCCCUAGAUCCGCCAUUACCAUCACUCUGCCAUGGAAUCCACGUUUUUCAUUGUCCUGAUGCUGUUGGAAUUGUUGCAAAGUUAUCUGAUUGUAUUGCAUCUAGAGGUGGAAACAUUUUAUCUGCUGAUGUUUUUGUUCCUCAAAAUAAACAUGUCUUUUACUCUAGAAGUGAUUUUGUUUUUGAUCCUCUUAAAUGGCCACGGAUGCAGAUGGAGGAGGAUUUCCUAAAGCUUUCACAGGCAUUCAAUGCAACAAGAUCUUGCGUGAGGGUGCCAGCUCUUGAUCCUAAAUAUAAAAUAGCCGUUCUUGCAUCAAAGCAGGACCAUUGUUUGGUUGAUUUAUUACACGGAUGGCAGGACGGAAGACUUCCGGUGGAUAUCACUUGUGUAAUCAGUAACCAUCAUAGAGAUUCAAACACGCACGUGAUUCGCUUUCUUGAAAGGCACGGUAUUCCAUAUCAUUGUUUAAACAUGACCAAAGAAAAUAAAAGAGAAAGCGAGAUAUUAGAGCUUGUUCAAAAUACCGAUUUUUUAGUACUUGCAAGAUAUAUGCAGAUACUAUCGGGAAACUUUCUAAGGAGCUACGGUAACGACGUAAUUAACAUUCACCAUGGUUUGUUGCCAUCAUUCAAGGGUGGUCAUCCGUCUAAACAGGCCUUUGAGGCUGGUGUGAAAUUAAUUGGUGCAACAACUCAUUUUGUGACCGAAGAACUUGACGCUGGACCUAUAAUUGAACAAAUGGUUGAGAGAGUUUCACACAGAGAUAACUUGCAGAGCUUUGUGCAGAAAUCAGAAAACCUUGAGAAACAAUGUCUUUCCAAGGCUAUAAGAUCUUAUUGUGAACUUAGAGUAUUACCUUAUGAAGGCAAGAAGACUGUUGUAUUUUGA